GUGUGCUUCAGAUUUCUGGGAGUCGUAACAACUUUAGAUCCAAUCAUAUUUGUUCUGACAUGUUUCUCGCCCUUUUUUCCCCCACACAUUCUGUUUUUGCAGGCCUUGCGAUUGUUCAGGGACCAGGGUCAGCCAGCGAUGAUCUUUUGCAGUUUGUGGAGAUGGACACCUUCAGCAGUAAGUUACAGCAGAAGGCUCUGCAGCAACCUAAGCAGAAGAAAUCCAAGUCGGCUGAAUUUCUGAUGGGGAGAGAGCAGAGAGCUGCACUGGUAGGCACAGAAAACCCAGCCUACGAUGGAAGCACCGAGCUUUCCGUUCCUCCGGUUUGGCUGGGAAGAGAAAUUCGAGGUGACAGGCCAGAUAGCACCCUUGCAGCUCACCAAAAAAAAAUGGAGCUGCAAGCCCCUGCCAAAGAAAGAGGAAAUAAACGUGCCCAAAAUUACUUUGACCCGUUGUCGGCAGAGCAGACAGACCCAAGGCACUGCAGGACGGCUGGGGUCAGCGCUGAAGAUGAGCUGGAAUUAACAAUAUUGAAUGCUGAUGAAAACAGUCUGUAUCAGAGGAUGACUGCAUUGCUGGAGGACGACACCUUCAUAAAUAUACCUGGUACGCUGGUAGCCUCCAGGGAUGAGGAGGUGUUGGAGGUGAAGGAGGGUGAUCCGGUGCUUCAGCGGCGACUGCUGCUCCUCGGCGGUGAUGGUGAUGCCUCAGGCUCCAGGCCCUCCCAGGCCCAAACCAUUGCCAAAGCCCAGGCUGGGGCCAGUGCUGGGCUGGGAGGAGAGGCUGGACUUGAAGCGGGGAGGAUGGUAAUGGGCAAAGAGAGCACUGUAAAAAUGAGCACAGCUAAGGAGGUGAUCCCCCACUACGCCCAGCAGCUGAGGGAGCGAGUGCGGCCUGACAUGAUCACGCUUGGCAGCCUUUCACUGCAGCAGCAAGCGGCUCAGAAGGGACUGCUGAAGAGGAGUGAGUGGGCAAAGAGAAAAAGGAGACUGAUGGCCUUCUUCACGGGGAACGUGAAGACUCAUUCACAAAGAGACUGUGACGAAGCAGUGAGAGAAGCACCACAGCCCGGGCUGAACACGCUGCUGCAGCCCACAGCCGUUGAAAACCCGUCACUCAGAGCGCUGGGGGGAGGCCAAGAGGCGGCGAGGGCCAAACGCCGCCAGAUGACAGAGUUCCCAGAAUCCUCCUCUUCAGCGCCGCGGCCGCUGUGGCAGGUGAGCCGGAGCACGACUCCCCAGCCUGUGGAGGUGUGUGUGUGUUGCCUCAGAGCUACCAGAGACAAGCUACCCAGGGGCCUCUACACGGUCAGCGUGGCCCUUCACAGCCGUCUAGGGGGUCCAGCUCUGGCUUGGGGCAGUGGGAAAGAGCAGCAACAACGCACCGUGUCCACUGAGCCCAUCGAGCAUCGGGGCCGCUUCUACGACUCGGACCUGCACGUAAACCAGAGCCUGUUCAUGAUCCUGCCUGCAGCCUGUGAGGUCGUCCCCUCCAUGGUCCUGGUUUUCCAGCUGCUCGCACUCCCAGGACACGCCAGCCACACAGACUCUGUGCUGGCUUGGGGGGCAUUUCCUGUUUGUGGGCCCAACUUGUGUCAUGUCCAGGGCAGGUUCAAAACCCCUCUGCUCAGGGGGGAGCCGAACACACAACUGGACCAGUUUAAAAAAAUUGAAGCCCUCAUCUCUUCUGAUCUAGACCACUGGCUGUGCAACCUGUACUUCCAGGUAAAGAGGCUCCCUUCUGGAACAUCCGGGGGCCUCGAGAGCUCCACCACCCUGUCGAUACCUCCUCCUAACCCCACCGCCACGCCCCAACCUGAGGUUCAUCAUGAGCAACCCCAGCACCGGCUGCCACUCCAGCUCCGCCCUCAGCCCGUUCAUCCACAGCCCCACUUAUUCCCCCAACAGCAGCCACAUGCGGGCCCCAGCAGCCGAGCAGCAGAGCCCGCUGUGGUACAAUCUCACCGGGGGUCUCCUCUGCACCUGUCAGCGGAUUCCGCUUGCUCUUCCUCAUCUCUGCCAGGGAAGAAUUCGUCCUCGGGAGCCAUUUCUGGAAACACGGGAGAAAAGAGUGAUCCAUGCAGGGAGAAAGCAGAGGGUGGGAUUCACUACAAGAAGAAGCCAAUCAAGAAGACAAAUAGCUGCGGCCCCAGCAUGAGCAGCAGCAGCGCGCCGCCUCGGCAGGCAGACAAACAGAGGAUGCAGCCUUCAAUGGAGAACCUCUCCGCGGAGGAGAUGGAGGAGUAUACAUUCUCCCUACAAUCAGCACAGACUGGAUCUAACUCCUGCCCCUCACGCCUGUCCGACCGAGCCCGCCUGGCCCUGCUCAUGCUGCCGUCCGAGCUGGGCCUGCCGUUGCCUUGGCAACAACAGCUGCAUAGUAGCUGGCGUGGAUCCGUUCGGCAGCUCGGCCUCAUUAUGCCGCUGCUGGCUUUGAUGUGGUUUGUGAGGCUGUACCUGCAUUACUGCAGCCAGUGGCUCUACCUCCAGGCCAUAGCAGUUCCUGUCAACAAAUUCCAGUUCCACGCACACACGGUGGACCUCGUGUACCAGAGUUCUUUGCUCCACACCCGGGAGGAGCUGGCGAUGGUGGUGGUGGGUCCCCUGACCUUGAACGCAGUAACGUUCCUGCUGGUUCUGAUCAGAUGGGGCUGUCAACAGAUAUUUGGCUCACUCCCUUCCUUCACGUCAAAGUUUAUCAUGGCUCAGGGAGUGUGGACAGUCCUCGACCCCCUGGCAGUCUUUGCAGUGGACGCCGUCCUCGGGCGUCUCGCCUACAGCCCAGACACACCAGUGGGUGACGCAGCCAAGCUUUACUGGCACUUCUAUCGAGCUGACCAAUCAGGCGCAGCCGGAGUGAUCAUCACUCUCUUCCUGUACGCGGUCCUUUUCCUGCUGUCCGUCACCAUCUUCUCCAUUUACCUGCUAAGAUUCCACAACGAUGGCCGCAUGCUGGACGUCUUUCAGCGGCUCACGGCAAAGGAGGGAACGUACUUCCUGCCUCAAGACCUGGAGCUGUCCAAUCAGGAGCUGAGCUACAUCGUCAAGAAGGCAGAGCAGUGGAGAGGCUUCAAUGGAGAGAGGCGCAAGGUGGCAGUCUAUGACUACAUCUGGACAGUGGAGGACCCCUUGGCGGGCUCUGCAGCCCCGAGUGAGCCCCAGAGGGAGGAUGCACCCGUACCGGAGGGAGAGACCAGCACCCACGUGGCAAUCUACACCCUAUACCUGAGUGGGCUGAGGCAAAGAUACAGGCACUUCCUCCGACAGCCGGAUGGGGCUAUCAUUGAGGUGAUCGGUGACGUGGAAGUCGUGGACGGUGCAGCCAGGACGGUGGCCUGCCAGGGUCAGGGCUCGGCCAAUCAGAGAGAGGACAAGGAAGGCGUGAGUGCUCCACAGCAGCUACGGAAACGGAAGAAAUUAUUCGGGCGGUCCCACCGAGUCGAGCCAGUAGGAGGAAGCGGGUGUGGCUCCAGUAUUGUACUGCAAGACCUCAACCAAUGAUAGCAAAGCACAAGAGGAGAUAGUUGGGCCCUAAACUAAUUAGUAAGUCAUCUGAUCAACGGUCUGUUUGACUUGAAGUCUCUGCAGGAGUUGGUACUUCUCCUGAAUAAUUAAAAAACAGAACAGAAAACAGAUUCUCUAUUCUCACUACUACUUUCAACAGACUGUUUUCAGUAGUGAAAGAUGCAUGUGGUAUUUCAUCAGGUACCACACCUUUACAUGAAAAGAAUGUAAAAAAAAAAAGGUAACAUAU